AGUCAUCUCCCUAGGAAAGGAAACAGCAAAAAAGGACCCCUAUGGCACCCUAUCCACAGCAGAAAAGGCUAAGAAACUUAAAUACCGCAUCCUUAGCCAAGCGUUUAAACCGUUUAUCCUAAGCCAGGGGGGCCUACUAGGAAAGGAAACCUCACAAACCUAUAAGGAAUUCCAGAAGUCCCUUACCCCUAGCACCUCGGAUUGGCUAGAUAAAUACAUCUCAACUACCCUAGUAAGGCUCCGAGCAAGAACCUGGCUAGGGUAUGGGAUAGACUAG